GAUCAGGACGAAUAUUUUGAUCUUUUUUUUUUUCCAUUUUAGGGGGCUGAGGGGGUCUUUUCUCUAGCAGUAGCUCCUUGUCCUUUCCCCCGUAUGCCGAUUUUCCUUCGUCUGGAGGCAAUCCCCCACUGUCCCCAGCCCUGGGUCCCCUCCCCGCGGUGACUCCCCCGGUCGCUGUGGGCUGUGGCGGGGGCAGGAAGCUCCGGUGCCGCUGCCAGCUCUCGCCACACCGGGCCAGCCCCAGCGGGCAGAGGUGCUUUGGCUUCCUGUCCCCUCCCCCGUGUCCCCACGGCAGCGCCACCACCCCCGAGUCCCCAUCCUGUGUCCCCUCGGCUCUGCCGUCGCAUGGAGGACGAGGACGGCUACGUGAUCUUAGAGCGAAGGGACAAGCGGGGCUCGGCGGGGAGGUCCCCACCCCGGCAGGGUGCAGCAGCAGGAUCUAGCUUUCAAGAAUCCCAGAGGGUCCCCGCAGCAUCCUCCCGCUGUCCCCGCCGCCUCCUCGUGGCCCUGACGGCCGCCCUGGCGCUGUCCCUCGUGCUCUGCCUGUCCUGGUGUGUGGCACAGCAGUGGCAGUCCCAGGGGACCGCAGGUUACGAGAGCGCCUCGCCGGGAGCUGCCCGUUCGAGCUGGGAUGGCAUCCUCAGGGAGAUGCGGAGGGUCCUGUGCCCGCCCCGAGAGAGCGAGGGGUGCCGGCUGUGCGCCGUGGGCUGGAGGCUGCUCGGGGCCAAGUGCUACUGGAUUUCCGACGGGAUGAACCCUUGGAACAGGAGCCGGGAGGACUGCAGGGAUCGGGGCUCCGCGCUGCUGGUGCCCUGGGACCAGGAUGAGCUGGAAUUCCUGAAUGAAAGCCUGCGGAAUCCCACACGGCACUUCUGGAUCGGCCUCUCGGUGCCUGCGGCCGGGACGGGCUGGACGUGGGAGAACGGCUCCGAGCUCGACCAGGACCGCUUCCAGCUGGACCUCGAGAAGCGACCUGGAGCCUGUGGAACGCUCAAGGGGAAUGGGAUCAGACCUCAGAGCUGCGACACGAGGCUGCAGUGGAUCUGCCAGAAAGAGUCUGUCGAGAUCUGAGCUUCCAUUGCACCCUAAAAACAGCGUUAAUGCAGGAAAAAAUCCCAAUUCCCGCGGAUCCAGCAUCCCCCGGGGAUGGGCAGAGCCGCAGCCGGUGAAAGUCUCCCGAGGCGGGCGAUGUAGGAGAGAAAUCGACC